GAGGGAGUGUAUCCGUUAGAAAGGGUGUGUGUGUGUGUGAGAGAGAGGAAGAGAGUACUCUCAGUGCAGUCUGAUCAGCGGUUCUGUCUCCUUCUUGUUCUGUGGAUUACAGCUCCCACUGCUUUCUGGAUCCCCCCUCGCAUUACUGGAAACUACUAUCUGGAGUUGCUACAUUCCCACAGGUGUUAGCUGGAUCUUUGCACUUAAUUCUAACUGUUUAACUAUGGAGCAGAACGGUCGUGCCCUGCCGCCGUCAAUACCUGAGGAUAGUGAAGUCCUGGACCAUGUUCCUCGUGGGGAUAUGAAUGGCUUCCACCAGAGGCUUCAGGACGGAGGGGAGGCGGAGGUCCCAGAGUCCAAAUCUCAGAGGCGGAAGAGCGAUGUCAAAGUCUAUAAGGAGUUUUGUGAUUUUUACGCUCGCUUCAACAUGGCCAACGCUCUGGCCAACGCCAUGUGCGAGCGCUGUAAGAGCGGCUUUGCCCCGGCGGAGAAGAUCGUGAACAGUAACGGGGAACUUUACCACGAGCAGUGCUUUGUGUGCGCCCAGUGUUUCCAGCAGUUCCCAGAGGGACUCUUCUAUGAGUUUGAAGGCAGGAAAUACUGUGAACAUGACUUCCAGAUGCUCUUCGCUCCCUGCUGCCACCAGUGUGGUGAAUUCAUCAUCGGCCGUGUGAUCAAGGCCAUGAACAACAGCUGGCACCCUGACUGCUUCUGUUGUGAUAUCUGCCAGGCUGUGCUGGCCGAUGUGGGCUUUGUAAAGAACGCUGGAAGGCACUUGUGUCGCCCGUGUCACAACAGAGAGAAAGCUCGGGGCCUGGGCAAGUACAUCUGUCAGAAGUGUCACGCAAUCAUUGAGGAGCAGCCUCUGUUGUUCAAGAAUGACCCCUACCACCCUGAUCACUUCAACUGCAACAACUGCGGUAAGGAGCUGACUGUAGAUGCCAGGGAGCUGAAGGGGGAGCUCUACUGUCUGCCUUGCCACGACAAGAUGGGUGUCCCCAUCUGCGGAGCCUGUCGCAGACCCAUCGAGGGCCGUGUGGUCAACGCCAUGGGCAAGCAGUGGCAUGUGGAGCAUUUUGUGUGUGCUAAGUGUGAGAAACCGUUCCUGGGACACCGUCACUACGAACGCAAGGGCCUGGCCUACUGCGAAACACACUACAACCAGCUGUUUGGAGACGUCUGCUACCACUGCAACCGUGUCAUUGAAGGAGAUGUGGUGUCUGCUCUGAACAAGGCCUGGUGUGUCAACUGUUUUGCCUGCUCCACCUGCAACACCAAGCUCACCCUCAAGGAUAAGUUUGUGGAGGUGGAUCUGAAACCCGUGUGUAAGCACUGCUAUGAGCGCCUGCCGGAUGACAUGAAGCGCCGACUUGCCAAGCGGGAACGUGACUCAAAAGACAAGAAGAAGAAGAAUUUGAUACCCAUGAACAAGUUUGUGGAGUUUGACAUGAAGCCAGUGUGUAAGAAGUGCUAUGAGAAAUUCCCUCUGGAGCUGAAGAAGAGACUGAAGAAACUCUCCGAAACUGUGGCCCGCAAGUGAACAAACGGUCGAGCCGCAGGCAGGGGAGCAAGAUGAGACCAUGAGGAGGCCUCACAUGGAAAAAGUCACAUUUCCCGAAGCGACAAUCGUAAAAGAGAUGAGAGAUUAUGUGGUUGAUAUCGUUGGUAUUUUCAAUUUUGGUUGGUUAUUUCAGUGAAAAGAUCAAUUUGUUUGUCCUCUCAGUCACAGCUUCAAAGCACUGAGGAUCAUUUUAUCAGCCUGAAACUGACAGGCUCAGAGUAUUGGUUUCUUGGUUUGACUUGAACCUGUUCAGCUCAGUUACUGCACUGUACUUUAUUCACAUGCUUGCCUUCUUUCACUGCUAUACAUAUAAGUAUAUAUAGACAUAAACACGCCUGACGAUGGUCCUAUAUUUAUAGUAUCGUGAGCUUUAAGAGACCAUUGACACAUGGGAGUAGUAUUUCUCCUUAACGCUGUGUUGACAUGUUGAUCGACAGUUUGCCAACUUGUCUCGAUGCCAAAAGAACGUGUCUCCUGUUUGACUCCUGUUACCGUAUGUAACUGAUACUCUUAUAUCAUAUAAAGCCAAAUGUGUAUAUAAUAUUAUAUCUAAUAUGUCAUUUUUUUCACCAACUUGUAUUCUUUUAUGUAUUACUAACUUGUAUAUCCUGUAUUAUGCUAUAUAAGUUUAUUUUUUAGCCCUAUAAAAUGUAAAAAAAAAUUCAGUGACGGUCUGAGGACAUCACACUGGCUCUUCGAUGCUGCAGUGAUGGACUAAACCAUUAUCUGCACUUUGAUGGAUUGCCCUGUUACAUAUAUGCAUUUUAUAUCUGAAACAAUACGAAACAGGUGGAAAGUGGUAUUUAUAGUGUUACACGUUUAUUAAGUUUUAGUUUUACCCACUGUCAAUUCCAGUAAAUACAUGAGUGUCAAACAAUAUUAGAAACACCUUUCAGAAGUAAUCCAAUCCAGUUCAACACCAGCUUAUAAAUGACCAACUUCUCUGACGCUCUGUCAACGACUACUGGACUGUGCAGUGACAGCUUUUAUUUUCAUGACAACUGGUAACUAGCUGCGUGUGUGGUUGUGUGUGUUACAACAUGAUAGCCUGUGGCAUGUGCUGAGACCGGAUCUUGGAGUAAUGUCCGAUGUAAGAACUUGUGUGUGUGUGUGUAAUCCAGAGAAAGUGAUCCUCUUAGGAAGGUGUACCGACUUCCUCGGGCUCAGACCCUCUUAGCAAAGAAAAACCAACUGUUGUGAAUGGGGGAAGAAUCGUUUCCGUAUUUCACUAGGAUUCACUCGAGCUGUAUAUUAUUGUAGAAAGCUUUUCUUUUGUGUAAAGAAAGACACAUUCCACAAAAACCCACCCAUUUCUCAUAUGUCACUUAGGAGUAACACUUUCCAUCUGAUUGAUUGUUGUAAAUCAGAACUUCAGCUUCAAUAAUAAAGAGUCCAAAAUGUAGUUUUAUUUGAUAUUUAACCAUCUGGGUGACGGAGAUGACUCUGCCGCUGUUACAUUGUAUUUUAUCGUCACAAUGCUUUUUCAAGAGACAAUGUUUCUCCAUGUAAACACACCAAAGUGCAUGUUCCAGACUUGAAUGGAAAGUUAUUUUUCAGUAUAUCUAAGUUGAUUCUAUUAUUUCUUCUGAAUAAAUGUUGGUCAAUGCUAA